AUGGAUGAUUAAUCUGAUUUCUAUAAACUGACAGUUUGUUUUUUUAAAAAAGAAAGUGAGCGCGAAUCUAUAACGAAACUAUUUCGAAAAAGUGAUGAAAAGUUGACAAAUUUUUGUUUCUAUUCCAUUGUUUUGUAGUUUUGUUUUGUAGUUUUUGUUUUUUGUGUAGUCAAAAUGUUUAAAUGGAGAUAUUUAAGAAAUUUUCGUCUUGAUUCACAUUAUAUAUUAAAAAUAUUGAUUAUAUUCAAUAUUUUAUUGGGUAUUUAUCUAUUAUUUUUAUCAACAAAUUAUCGUCGUUAUGUUGUUUAUCCACAUGAUACCAGCCAAACAAAUGAUGAUGAACCGAAAAAAUCUUUAAUCAAAAAUGAACAAACAUCGAAUGAUCAUAUUGUUGAAAAUGUUCGAACGAAUCAAAUGAACCAAGUCAAAACGAUUGAUAAAAAAUUGGAUCAAAAUUCCGAACAGCAACAACAACAACAAUCUCGACAAGAAAAUCCCGAUAAUACUGUUGUCAUUACAAAUGAUAAAAAUAUGAUAAAAUCAAAUGAUCAAUCGAUUGAUAAAGUUUUUGAUUCAAAUAAUCAUCCGGUUCAAAUACAAAGCCAAAAUAAUGCUGAUGAUUCUAGUUAUAAACGUAUUGAAGAAGAUGAAAAAUCUAUUGAUGAAAAUGAUAAAUUAAAAAUUGAAAUGUUAGGUGCUAAACCUGAUGAACAGAAUAGUAUUAUUCAUAUGGAUUUAGAUUCAUUUGCUGAUGGUAAAAUCAAUGAUAUGAUUGAAGCCAAAGAUAAUCAGAAUAAUAAUAAAAAAGAUAAUUCUGCCAAAGAAUCAUUAGAUGAUUUACUUAACAAAGAUGUAAUCAAACAAAUAAUGGAUCAUAAUUUACAUGUUAAAAAAAAUUUUUCACAAUUAAUUAUACCGGAUAAUAUUAAUUUGGAACCAUCAUCAUGGACAACCGAAACAAGAGGCAAUAAAUAUCAAGCAUUGAAAAAUUAUAUUAUCGGUAAUGGCCAAUUUGAUUAUAGUCGAACAAUAACAUUGACUACACAAGGUGGACCGGGAUUUUUACAUCAUGCCGAACAAUUAUGUUUACGUUGGGAUGGUCCUAUUUCACUAGCCGUUUAUGCACCUGGAGAGGAUUUUCAAUUAUCAGUAAAUAUGAUCUAUUAUCUACGUCAAUGUGCCAAUGAAUGUAUUGCCAAACAUGUGUUCUGGCAUCUUGUUUAUGAUAUUGCCUUUCCACCUAGUGCCAAAAUUUCCGGACCAAAUAGUUUUCUAAAAACAAAUAAAUUUGAUUGCACAAAAUCAUUAGAUGAAACAAUGAAAAUAUUGAAAAUCGACAAUAUAGAUUUUCGAUCAAACAAAUCUCUUCCAUAUCCAAUCAAUAUUCUACGUAAUGUUGCACGUUCAUCAUCAAAAUCUAAAUAUUUACUUGCUUCGGAUAUAGAAUUAUAUCCAAAUAUUGGUAUUAUUCCGGCAUUUUUUGAUUUAAUCGAACGUGAACAAAAAGGACUUUUACCUGUGAUCAAUGUUAAAUCUCCACAUGUUUAUGUUUUACCUAUAUUUGAAGUAAAAGCAACUAAACAACCGCCAAAAACUAAACAAGAAUUAUCCAAACUUUUUAAAUCAAAGGAUGCUAUAUUCUUUCAUCGAUAUGUUUGUGAUGAAUGCCAAAAUUUUCCCGAUCGAAAUAUUUGGAUCAACGAUAUACCAAAGAAUAAUACGUUGAAUAUUUUUCGUAUAACCAAACGUACACAUGAUCGUAAUCAAUGGGAACCGCUUUAUAUUGGUACUAAUGAUGAACCAUUUUAUGAUGAAAGAUUAACAUGGGAAGGAAAACGUGAUAAAAUGUCUCAGAUGUAUCAAAUGUGUUUGAUGAAUUAUGAUCUAUUGAUUUUGGAUAAUGCAUUUCUUGUACAUGCACCCGGUAUUAAAAAAUAUCAUCCAAAAGAUGAUCAAAAACGUUUAGUUUAUAUAAAAUAUAAUCAUCAAAUCUAUACAUCGGUAUUGGCUGAAUUGAGAAAAAAAUAUGGUAACAAAAAUCAUUGCUAACUAAAAUCAAAUCAUGGAUUCUCUUUGAUAAAUAGCCAAAAAACAUCCAAUUCUAUACAAAA